AUGGGUAGACCGAAAUUCACCCUGAUGAGUGACUCAGAAGAAGAUGUCCGGAGUUCAGAGCGUUCGGAUAACUGUACUGAGUCAACGUUUAACCAGCCCUUGCAAAAAAAAUUUGACGAAAUCAGAAAGAGGAAGCGACAACAGGUAGAUGAGAUUUCUGAUGAAGAAUAUGCUGAAGAAGAAGUCAAUGAAGAUUCAGAACAAUCGAUUGAAGAAGAAUCAGAAUCAGAAGGCGAACAGACAACGAAGAGGUUUGUAAUCAAAACAAGACAACAGCCAAAAAGGAAACCAAUUCAAGAGGAAGAGGAUUCAGAAGAAGAAGAAACAAAGAGGAGGAAAGCCAAUAAGCUAAAGAAAGGGUCAACUAAGAAGGAAGUGCAGAAAAAAGAGACCUAA